GCCUUUCGACCGCAUGACAUGUUUUAUGGCUGCUUCAGAACGAAUUCACACUGUUUUGUGUUUUAAAUAUAUUUUUGGCCCACCAAUCUAUACUCAGUAAUCCAUCGUGGCAAAAUCAAAAAUGUAUUUUUAGCUAUGGUUGCAAAUUUAUUAAAAAUAUAAAACUUUAAAUGUCUCAUGAAGUAGUCAGCUUCAUGUCUUCUUGGGUAACUCUACAAACUUUGCACACCUGAAUUUUUGGCAGUUUAUGCCAUUCCUCCUGACAGAUUUGCAUUCACCUGCAUGCACUGUUGCAAGUUCAGCCUGCAGCACAUUUUUAUCAAUACCUGGACUACAACCCCCCACUUUUUAUCUGCUGGGGGGGUGUGGUGAUUUCAUUAUUGUUUUUCUUUUGCCAUUCAGUCCUAAGGGGAAAUUAAAAGAAGUAUAGUAUAGGUUGUCCUCCAGAGAGGGGGAGGAAGCAUUUAAGCAAAGCUUUGAUCUAAUUAUAAAUGACCACUGAAUUGAGGCCACCUUACUGACCUGAUCUUGCAAAGACCCAUGUGUAUUUUGGCAGGUGGCUGUGGGAUAACAACCUGACGUGUCUCUGAUAAGAAAUGUGUCUCUGCAUGUGCCACGUUGUCAAACAGAAAGCACAGUUGUUGAAUCAAACCCACUUUUGUUCCCUUUUUGAAAAGAAUCUGCAGGAGGGGGACAUCUGAUCUGAGCCAUGUCUGGACUGAACGCAUCUCUCGGAUACUUCGUGGCUGUCGUGAUUUUUGCAGCCUCGGUUCGAACACUUCUUAGAAAAUGGCCACAGCUUAGCUUCAUUUUGGAGUUUGCCUCCUCUUUCAUGCUGGUGGCCUGCUGGUUGGAGGUGCAGACCAUUAUAGAGGUGGGUCAGUGGGCUGGGGGCUUGGGUCCUGAUGUGACUGUGACCAUGCUGUUUGUGGUUCUGCUGACCCACGGUGUGAUCUGUGGUGGAGCGUCAGGGAAUCCGUCCCUGGUUGUGCUGAGGUUCCUGCAGCUGGAGGCCAAAACCCUGCCUACUCUGCUUGUUGUUGUAGCCCAGCUUCUUGGGGCCCAUCUAGCCCUUCUUGUUGCUGGUUACUACUGGAGCCUGGAGCUGACAGACAUGCACAUGAUCAAAAAUCUGAUGGCUAGAGAGUGCAGCACGUCUCUACUGGUGUCUUUGCCUCAGGGUUUUUUCACAGAGUGUGUUUGCACACUCAUCUUUCACCUGGUCCAUCUAAACCUGCGACGCCGCUCUGCCCUGAUCCGGGUUCCUGUGAUCGCUGUCCUCCUCACAUUCCUGUCCCAUACAGCCAGAGGCUUCACCUCAGCUUACAUGAAUCCAUCUUUGGCCUAUGGCCUCACCUUCCACUGUCCUGGAUUUACAUUCACACAGUACGCAGUGGUCUACUGGCUGGGCCCUCUCACAGGCAUGACUCUGGCUCUUCUCCUGUACAUGGGCCACAUUCCAAGGAUUUUUGCCAAGAACCUACUAUAUUUCCAAAAGACACGUUUCAGAGUGCCAAAAGGAGACAAAGGCGAAAAGAAGAAAAUGUAAAAGAAACUACAAU